AUGGCGGUCAACAUAGACGGACCGAAGUCACCGCUGCACAUCGUUAGUGCUGGUGGCCAUUCAGUCAUUGACCGGGGAUCGAGAAGCGUCAGAGUGGAGUUACGUGGGCCUAACAACAAAAGCCACACGCUUACUAUGCGCACGAUCAACGCAAUCAAAUUGCCGCCACAAACCAUACCGGAGGAAGCGAUAAGCCGAUGCAAGCAUUUACGAGGUCUGGGCUGCACCGCGAUGAAGAGCGCUGAGCCUCUGUUGUUGAUCGGACAGGACAACUGGGAGCUUAUCGUUGGAGGCGAUGUCCGAAGAGGAAAGUCCGGACAGCCGGUGGCAUCCCUCACUCAAUUAGGGUGGGUGUUACACGGUCCAAUUGGAAAAAUGGGAAACACUGAAUCCGUCAACCACGUUUCCGACUUAAACGAAUUGGUCAAACAGCAAUUCGAAUUGGAUUCAAUUGGAAUCACAGAAGUGAAGCGCAAUAAUCUUGAGGACGUCAGGGCUACAACAAUUCUCGAGAAUACUGCGAAGUUCACCGACAAGGGAUGGGAAAUCGGUCUUCUGUGGAAAAAAGAUGACGUUGACUUACCUGACAACUACAGAGACGCCGAGAAAAGAUUGCGUGGGAUCGAAAAGAAAAUGGACCGCCAUCCAGAGUUCGCCGAGUCAUACACUGCUCAAGUGAAUCGAUUAGUGGAACGAGGGUACGCUAAGAAGAUUGACGAACCCAUCAGCACAUCGGUUACUUGGUACCUUCCUCACUUCGGCGUGACCAACGUGAAUAAACCUGGGAAACUGAGGCUGGUUUUCGAUGCUGCCGCCACAUACAAAGGCACAUCGCUCAACGAUAACCUACUUAGCGGUCCAGAUCUACUCAACCCGAUGCUGUCAGUACUGUUCAAGUUCCGAUCGAAGCCAGUAGCAGUCACUGCAGACAUAGAGGACAUGUUCCUACGUAUAAAGAUCACGGAAAAAGAUCAGGGAGCACAAUUAUUCCUUUGGAGAGGCAUGGAUAGAGAACGACAACCCGACAUCUUCGUGAUGGAUUCAAUGAUAUUCGGUGCCGCGUCUUCGCCUACGUCCGCUAUCUUCGUGCUGAACAAGAACGCCGACAUGUUCAAAGGUACAUACCCGGAAGCAGUUGAAGCAAUAAAGAAACAUCACUACAUGGAUGAUUACAUCGACAGCGCGGACGACGUAGACACUGCACUGAAGCUCAUCGCAGAAAUUACCGAAAUCCAUCGCCAUGGUAACUUCAACAUCAGGGGGUGGUCGACAAACAAUAACGAACUCCGAGAGAAACUACCAAGCGUCGUUGAGAGUGUCAGUUUGUCGAAACUUGGAGGAGAAACCGAACGAACCCUUGGCCUCAUAUGGAUAACAAGCGAAGACACCCUUGCGUUUGACCUGUCAUUCAAGAAGCUACGUUCCGAAAUGGUGAAUGGCGAUGAAGUGCCCACGAAGAGAGAGUUUCUGCGCUACAUAAUGAGUCUCUUUGACCCACUGGGACUCAUUUGCCCGCUGUCAAUUGGCUCCAGGAUUCUUAUGCAAAAGAUAUGGCGAGCGGGAACGCAAUGGGACGAAGUUCUGAACGAAGACUGUUUCCGUGACUGGAGCAAGUGGUUGAGUGACCUGCGACAAUUGCAAGAUCUUAAGAUACCGCGAUGGUACGGACUGAGGUCUCGGGCUGUAGAAUUACACGUGUUCGGAGAUGCAAGCGAGAAAGCAUACUCAGCCGUCGCGUACUUCGUGGAUGAAUGUAGAAACGUCGCGCUCGUAGCGGGAAAAGCGAGAGUCGCACCCAUCAAGAUAGUUUCAAUGCCGAGGCUCGAGCUACAAGCCGCGGUACUAGUCUGUCGAUUGGCCGAGACAGUAAAAAAGGAUAGCGACUUCGACAUCAUAAAAACGACGUUGUGGAGCGACUCGAAGACAACGUUGUUUUGGAUAAGGUCGAACCCGAGGGAGUACAAACCUUUCGUCGCACAUCGACUUGCUGAGAUCGACAGAAAAUCGAACAUAGACGAUUGGCGCUGGGUUCCGACUGCAGAAAAUCCAGCAGACGAAGCCACUCGUGCGGGAUGGUCGCAAGAUAAGUCCAUCUGGUUUAGUGGGCCGGCAUUCCUGCGCAAACCACAAGAGGGAUGGCCUAUGGAAGCUGCUGCUGAAUGCACUCCUGACGCAAACAUCGAGCUUCGAGCGACGCCAGUUUGCGUGACAGCGGAAGCCCUGGAGCCGACGAUAGAUGUCACGAGGUUUUCUUCGUGGACACGCGCCGUACGUACUACUGCGCGUGUACUAGCGUGGCUGCGCCGACCGAAGACGAAGACCUGCUCUAUCACAGGAGAAUUGAUCGAUGAAGCGGAGACCUACUUGAUCAAACAGUCGCAAAAGACGGCAUUUUCAUUGGACCUGAAAAAGAUCAAGAUAGGCGAGCCAUUACCUUCGCAGAGCUGCCUGAAGAAUUUGGACCCAAUGCUCGAUGAAGACGAACUGCUACGCGUAAGGGGAAGGCUGGGGACUGCUGAUAUUCCCUACGAAGAACGCCACCCCAUCAUUCUGGACGGCCGAGAUCGAACUACCGAGCUACUGGUACAGCAUUACCACUGCCGAAGCCUUCACGCUAAUAACGAGACUGUGGUAAAUUUGCUCCGUGAAAAGUUCUGGAUCAUCAAGCUGCGGCCGACAGUAAAACGAGUGGCGCAGAACUGCCAACUUUGCCGUGUGCGGAAAGCACGCCCAACACCGCCAAAGAUGGGAGACCUUCCACCAGCAAGGAUGAUGCAUCACAGGCGGGCCUUCACUCACUGCGGCAUCGAUUAUUUCGGACCCAUGGAGGUUACUAUCGGGAGAAGGCGAGAGAAACGCUGGGGUGUGGUCCUGACAUGCUUAACCACGCGGGCCAUUCACUUGGAGAUCGCCGCAUCACUCAGCGCUGACUCAGCAGUCAUGGCACUGCGAAGGUUUAUCGCUCGUCGAGGUCAACCAGAGGUGAUGUAUAGCGACCGAGGAACGAACUUCGUAGGCGCCGACCGCGAACUGAAAACCGCGUUUAAAAAUUUGGAUCGACAACUCGAAGAAGAAGCAACCACGAAGGGCAUCCAGUGGAGCUUCAUCUCGCCGGCAUCACCACACAUGGGCGGGUGCUGGGAAAGGCUCGUUCGUUCCACGAAGGCCGCGUUAAAAGCCACCCUGAAGGAGCGAGCCCCAAAAGAAGAGGUCCUGCAAACGGUGCUAGCGGAAAUAGAAGCCAUAAUCAACAGCCGUCCGUUGACGCACGUGGCUGUUGACCCGAGAGAUCCAGUGGCGCUUACACCUAACCACCUGCUGCUGGGAACCGCCUCAAAUGCGACGCGUCUGGGAAACUUCGUCAAGACCGACUUGUGCAGUCGUAAACAGUGGAGAAUUUCUCAGGCGCUGGCUGAUAUCUUUUGGGCACGGUGGCUAAAGGAAUAUCUGCCUACGUUGCAACCACGCCAGAAGUGGACGGAAGCAGUACCACCGCUUCAGCCAGGCGACGUCGUGAUCGUCGUGGACGGUGCUCUACCCCGCAACGUGUGGCCGCGCGGGAUAAUAGAAAAGGUGUACCCUGGCGCGGACGGGCAGGUUCGAGUCGCGGACGUGCGGACUUCCCAUGGAGUGCUACGGCGACCAGCUACAAAGAUCGCGGUUCUACCUACGUCAAAUAUGUAA